AUGGUGGCCAUUGCUGCCGUAGACCGAGCGAACCAUCAUCAGUUGGCCAUGCGUAGCUACAUAUUCGCUAUCCGACAGCUUCGUGCCAGCAUUGCGGAUGCUAACGACGCCAGGAAUGAGGAUGGCUUAUUAGCUACCACAAUAUGUCUUUGCGUCUACGAGAGCUUCCGAACUGAUUCACCACCAAAUUUUGGACCCCAUGCCACAGCUGCUGGCUUUCUUCUGACAUCACGAUUCCCGGCAGAGAGAAAUCAACAACCAGUCUGCGCAUUCGAGAGGAUUUGUGUGGAAUCAUUUCUGUAUCACAGCGCGCUCAUGAUGCUCUUUGAUCCCACGUUUGAUGCACUCAGCAAUCCUGACCGCCGAAUGUACCUUGAUCGCUACUUUACUGAACGGGAACCGAAUGGGCCUGCCGAGGAUCCGUCCACACAGCCCAUAUUGGGCACAUCGUACCAAUUCUUCUUGCUAAUAGCCGAUGUUACACGGCUGGCACGCGUCGCCGGGCCAUUUUGUCAUUCCGACAUAUUCACCUGGCAAAGACUACACGAUGAAUUACUGCAGUGGGAAAGGAAACCCCAAUCUCAAAACGAGGGAUGUAUGCUGUAUAUCCUGGCCAUGCGCAUCCUUAUCCUCAGAAUCAACAUAUCUGUCCCGUCCGAGGAGGUCGAGGGGCGAAUUUCUUUUCUUCUACGCCAGGGUCUUGGCCUGAUCCAGUCUAUCGAUCCCGACCAGUUCCUGUUCGGUUAUCUUCUCUGGCCAUUGACCGUGCUGGGAUCCGUAGCGAUUACCACAGAUGAAAUUCGGAUUGUGAAUGAGAAGAUCGCAUUGCUUGGUAGUCGCCGUGCGCUGGCAUCAUGGGUCAGGUCCCAUUUGGACAAGAUUAGGACAACGACCUCGUCAUUGAGGAUGAGGUUGGGAUAUCUUUUAGGUGUCGAUCACAGUCAAACAGGCGCACGUUUAUUUCUUCAAUAUUGA